GUUGUUGUCUCUGUGCCGUUGUUAACGGCCUGUGAGUGUUUUCUCGGACUGCUGUGAGACGUGGUCCCUGACUCGGAGAGCUGGCUGCAGCUGUGUUGGGUCAGUCCGCAGAAACGGUUUUAACGGUUCAAGAUGACGACUUCGUGGAGCGACCGUCUGCAGAACUAUGCCGACCUGCCGGCCAACAUGGACGGUGUGGCCAUGAAGAAGUAUCGACGCGAAGCCCACCACAGAGUGUUUGUCAACCGAAGCUUGGCCAUGGAGAAGAUCAAGUGUUUUGGUUUUGAUAUGGAUUACACUCUGGCAGUGUACAAAUCCCCUGAGUAUGAGUCGCUUGGCUUCGACUUGACAGUGGAGCGCCUGGUGUCCAUUGGAUAUCCACAGGAGCUGCUCAACUUUGUCUACGACCCCUCCUUCCCCACCAGAGGUCUGGUGUUUGACACAAUGUAUGGCAACCUGCUCAAAGUGGAUGCCUAUGGGAACAUUUUGGUGUGUGUGCACGGGUUCAACUUCUUAAGGGGACCUGACAUCAGAGAGAUGUACCCCAACAAAUUUAUUCAGCGUGGAGACACAGACCGCUUUUACAUUCUCAACACACUCUUCAACCUGCCUGAAACCUACCUGUUUGCUUGCCUGGUUGAUUUCUUCAGUAACUGCUCCAGAUACUCAAGUUGUGAGACUGGCUUCAAAGAUGGCGACCUUUUCAUGUCCUACAAAAGCAUGUUCCAGGACGUCCGAGACGCCGUGGACUGGGUUCAUUUCAAGGGGUCUUUAAAAGAGAAAACAGUUGAGAACCUGGAGAAGUAUGUGGUAAAGGAUCCGAAGCUUCCUCUCCUCCUCAGUCGCAUGAAUGAAGUAGCCAAAGUAUUCCUGGCCACCAACAGUGAUUACAAAUACACAGAGAAAAUUAUGACCUACCUGUUUGACUUUCCUCACGGCCCAAAGCCGAGCACACCCCAUCGGCCCUGGCAGUCCUACUUUGACCUAAUCCUGGUGGACGCCCGGAAGCCUGUGUUCUUCGGAGAAGGAACUGUGCUGCGGCAGGUUGACACUACCACAGGUCGGCUGAAGAUCGGCACGUACACUGGACCUCUCCAGCACGGCAUCGUUUACUCCGGAGGGUCUUCAGACAUCGUGUGCGACCUGCUGGGUGCUAAAGGAAAAGACAUCAUCUACAUCGGAGACCACAUUUUUGGUGACAUUCUCAAAUCCAAGAAGCGUCAGGGCUGGAGGACUUUUCUGGUGAUACCUGAGCUGGCCCAGGAGCUGCAUGUGUGGACUGACAAGAGCUCCAUAUUUGAGGAACUUCAGUCUCUGGACUGCUUCCUGGCAGAGCUUUACAAGCAUCUGGACAGCAGCAGCAAUGAGAGGCCUGACAUCAGCUCCCUGCAAAGACGGAUUAAGAAAGUGACACAUGACAUGGACAUGUGCUACGGCAUGAUGGGAAGUCUGUUUCGCAGUGGCUCCCGUCAGACUCUGUUUGCCUCCCAAGUGAUGCGCUACGCCGACCUGUACGCCGCCUCCUUCAUCAACCUGCUCUACUACCCCUUCAGCUAUCUGUUCAGAGCUGCACACGUGCUGAUGCCCCACGAGUCGACGGUGGAGCACACCCACGUCAACAUCAUCGACACAGAGUCUCCGCUGGCCACGCGAAACCGCCACGACGUCGACUUCAAGGAGAUAGAGUGCAAACGGCACCAGCUGACCCGAUCCAUCAGCGAGAUCCAACCCCCCCACUUCUUCCCUCAGGCUCCACAGGAGAUCACCCACUGCCACGACGAGGAUGAUGACGAGGAGGAGGAGGAGGAAGAGGAAGAGGAGGAGGAAGAGGAAGAGGAAGAAGAAGAGUAGAUGGAGGGAGAAAAGCAGUGGGGUCUCUCAUCCAGUUCAUUCGGUUUUAGUGUUUUCGGUCAGACUUUUCUUUGGUUAAUAGCUGCAGGGCUGAGUCUGGCUGUCAGAUCCAUUUGCUGGCUCGUUGAUUCACUUGUACAUGGGUUAGGGUUAGGGUUAAGACCAGGACCUGGUCUUGUACUUGAUAAGGGACUACUGUACAUUCAAAUGGUCUUGCCACAUCCCUGGCGACUGUACCUGUCCACAGGUAAAUCAGAUUUAUAAAGUGAGUUUAGAUUCUUGUCCGUUCGUCGUAUAAGAUCCAGGCAGUGAGAGAGCGGCAGAGAAGAGCUACCUGACUCAGGUAGAGCAGCUGUUUGCUGUUUGCUCCUCCUGGUUCUUCUGGGUAUGUUUUCUGCUUUUGUUCGGGCUUCGUUCAGUUUAUCAGGAGCCACAGCUCUUUAUGCAUUUAUUCAUUUGUACUGUACACACUUCACUGCCCUGCUGCUUUCUCCUGCACCGUACCUCUAACUUUAAAAACAUGCUUCACCUUAGCCUAGCUUAGUUCUUGUCGCACACACGGUUGGGACAGCCACAUUCAUCACAUCCUUUGCAUUACAGGGACCACACUAUUUUUUGAGGCGUCAUUUUAUCUCCCCACUUCCAAAGACUAAUGGUCCAAUGUAUGAGAUGUGAUGACAUGUGGACGUAUUUUAGAAUGAGUAAAAUUCAACAGAAGAAACGGUGCAUUAAACGGUGCAACAAAACUCCAUCAAACUUUCAUCCCAUUUUAACUUUCUUGAAAAGAAACAUGAAUUCUAGGAUUUUUACAUGUAUUGUGUGUAUUAAACCAGAGUCAGUGCUAAAACAGUUUGAUUUUCUGUGUUGGACGUCCAACUGUGGGGAGCGGACGCCAACAGGAAAUUGCUGACACCUUAUCACAUGCUGACGGCCUGCAUCACUUAACCUCACAGCGUUGUACAACAGGACCACGUUUCUCAUAUUCCACAGAAUCAGAAAGACUGGUUGCCUAAGGUUAAUGGCCCUGACGUCCCUGCUGUCAAACAGUCAGGCUGCCUUAUGUGUUUUUAAAAUGACUGCAGGAGUAAUGUAGAUGUCACGGCCUGCACAGUGAAACGGUUACUGCCUUAUUCCUACAGUGAUACAGUGAGUGUGAGUGAGAAUGAUUGUUAAAGAAUAUAUUUUGAACAGGAAUGGUGAACAGUUUUCUUCUCAAGCAGGACAGGCGCAAGGAAAAAUAAAUGGAUUUAAAUGGAGUUUAUGUCGUGACUGAAAUCAGAUUCAAAAUUUAGACAUGGUCACGUCAGCGGUUUAGACGUGGAUUGUAACUUAGAAGGAGUUUGUUAAAUGACUUAAUUUUGUAAUUUUUAUUUUUGUCUACAUUUAGCAACGGUUAAACUUACGAGAUAAGUUGUAAUGAUGAGAUUAGUCAAAUUAUUGACCCUCUGUCUCAAAGUUAUGACUCCUGUCAUGGUCUUCUACAGCAGAUGUAAACCUUGGUCUGUCUGCUGUAAACAUGCUGUUACUGUCACAGGACAAGUGGACUGUGCUGCUGACGGGCGUCUCUGUGGGGCCUGUCUCCGCACUAAUGUCAUCACAGAUACUGCCAUCAAAUGCAAUCGUGUCUCUUUUAGUAAACUUGAUAAGGUUGUUUUUCUUUGAUUCUAAUCUUUUUUUUUUAUGUUACUGCCCUGAUUUUUAAAGGACCUGUGAUUUUAACUGUUUUUCAAAUAAGUCUGGUCUGCUGGAAUGACACACCGUCAUGAUUGUUACGUUUUGUUGUGUUCAGUCUGCUGUUUGUGUGCGAUGAUGAGCCUCACACAGAUUUAAAUGGUUGGAGCUGACCUGUCCUGUUUGGACCGGUGAUACCUUUUCUCCCCCAGUUGUGGGUCAAAGUUGAAAUGUCCUGCCGUCAUUGAGAUCUGCGUGCAAAAGGACAGUUGAUUGUUUGACUUAUCUCUGCCCCUCCGUUUGCACCUUGAGAUGUCUUAUCUUGUCAUUUGAGUACGGGAGCAACAGGAGACUGUGUUACACUGCUGCUGCUGUUUUUCAGAGCGGCCAUGUUUGAGCGUGGACGCCCCCAAAGCGAGCAGGACCAGUUCAGUGUACUUAUUCACAUCAUUUCAGAUCUGCUGUGCAUGCCUGUUUUAAUGACAGCCAUCACUGACUGUCCGCUGCUUUCAAAGCUACUUUCAACUUUGAUGAUCAGACAUACUGUAAAGUGAACCAAAUGAAUGUUUUUUCUCUUUUUUUUUUUUUUUUACCAGCAACAGUUAAUGCAUGUGUUGAAGUUGCAUUUUUUUCUUUUACGUGUUGCCUUUGUGUUGAAGAAUGCUGAAAAGCCGAGACGGUUUGAGUCGUGACUGUUUGUAAUAAAUUUUCAGAUCUGAAAUUGCA